UAUGGCAGAAGUAGCUGAAAAAAAGUUCACCGUUAUUGUUGCCAUUGAUGGAAGUGAACAAGCUGAUCAUGCUUUUGAAUUUUACAUAGAGCAUAUGCACAAGAGUGAUCAUAAUCUUCUGUUAGUUCAUAGUGCAGAACCACCUUUUGUGUCUUCCCAACAGGCAAUGUACAUGUCUGGCGAGUUAUGGGAGCAAAUGCUAGCUGCUGAAAAGGAUAAAGUGAAGAAGCUUGAGGAAAAGUUUGCAAAUAAAAUGCGUGCUAAUAAGAUUUCGGGUCGCAUUAAGGCCGUUUUUAGUGGCAGGCCUGGAGAAUUGAUAAUCGAUUUGGCAAAAGAAGAAGGAGCUAGAAUGAUCGUUAUGGGAACAAGAGGAAUGGGUACAAUCCGUAGGACUUUACUCGGUUCAGUAAGCGACUACGUUCUUCAUCACGCUCACUGUCCGGUAAUAAUUUGUCGUCCGGAAGACAAGCAUUAA